UUGUAUUUCAAAAUUGAGAUAAGGAGCCAAAAAACGAGAAACUAGUGUAAAGCUUUUCACAAAAAAGAAAAAAAAUAAUAAACGGAGUUGGUGUAAGCUGGAGAGUGGAGAGUGGAGAGCGUGUAGAAAAAUGGUGCAAGUGAGCGAUGAGGAUGACCCAACCGCCACUCGGACUCGGAGGCAGCGUUCGAACGGAACCCUAACAUACCCACCGGAGCCGGAGCUUCCCACUCUUCCCUUCGAUCUCCUCCCUGAGAUUCUCUGCAGGCUUCCUGUGAAAUUACUCAUACAACUUCGGUGCCUCUGUAAGUUCUUCAAUUCUUUAAUUUCUGAUCCCAAUUUCGCCAAGAAGCACUUUCAAUUUUCAGCCAAGCAUCACCGCCUCAUGGUAACCUCUAGGAACAACAGACAUGAUUUUGUUUUACAUGAUUCUCCAAUCCCAUCGGUGUUUUCUACUUCUACGUCUGUUACACAAACACAACUUGACCCUCCUUUUACUCUCGCUCGACGUAACUACGUGAACGCUACCGCGAUCGCGAUGUGCUCUUGCGAUGGCAUAUUUUGCGGUGAGCUCAAUCUUGGUUAUUGUUUUGUGUGGAACCCUUCCAUUCGAAAGUUUAAGUUAUUACCUCCUUAUAAAAAUCCGCUCGAAGGUGAUCCUUUUUCCAUAAGUUUUGGGUAUGAUCAUUUCAUUGAUAAUUAUAAAGUUGUUGCUAUUUCUUCCAAAUAUGAGGUUUUUGUUAAUGCUUUGGGGACUGAUUAUUGGAGAAGAAUAGAGAACAUCCCUUAUUAUUACUACAUCCUUCAACCUGGAAUAUUUGUGGGUGGCACUGUUAAUUGGAUGGCAAGCGAUAUUGCAGAUUUGCUUUUUAUUCUUUCUCUUGAUUUAGAAAAGGAGUCGUAUCAAAAACUUUUCCUACCUGAUUCCGAGAACGAGAAUGAUUGGUGGAGUCGGAACUUGAGUGUGCUGAUGCUGAGGGAUUGCUUGUGUGUCUAUGAAGCUAGUGAUUUGUUUUUUAAUGUUUGGAUCAUGAAGGAGUAUGGAAAUCAAGAGUCUUGGACUAAGUUGUAUAGUGUUCCUAAAAUGCAACAUCGGCGUUUUAAAGCCUAUACUAUUUCAUAUAUCUAUGAGGAUGACCAACUGCUGUUGGGGAUUGUUGAUAUGCAAAGUAGCAAUACAAAGUUGGCUGUUUAUGAUUCCAAGACGGGUACUUUGAAUAUUCCUGAGUUUGAAAAAACCUAUGAACCGAUAUACUCAAAUGUCUACAUUGAGAGUUUGAUAUCGCCCUAAGCUGGGAUUCAACGGCAACAUAUAUAUGUUGUCCUACUGUUUGAAGAUCCACUCCAUCAGUGAACACAGGUAGAUGUUGGGAUGCGGAAAAAACAUGGUGAAUGAUACAUGAGUUUUCCGAAGAUUGGAAUCAAGACAGUCCUUAAAGUAUUGAUGGAUUAUAACAAGAACACUUUUGCUGAUUUCUACUUGCUAGACUUAUUCAUCGUGUCUUUUGAUCGAUGUAGCCAACUAUACUUAUUAGGAUAAGACUUGACUCUUGUACUUGUCCGACUUAUUUAUUUUCCUGCAUUUUUCUAUAUUAUCGUUUCAUGUGCUAAUAUUACAUUA